UCAAUACUGAUUUUUCUCUUCUCUCCCCUCCUCUUUUCUCUACUAUUUCAUCAUGUGUGAUGUAUAAAAGUCUGCCUGUUGCCUUUGACUUCAUACAGACACCAACAUGUCUCUCCUUCAAAAAGUUAUCAUUGCUUCCCUGGCAGCCUUCGUGGCCGCCCAGUGCCCCUCGGAUUUCUUCGAAUCCGAGGGUCUUUGCUUUAACGUCAUUGACAAGCCAGGGCAAAACUUGACAUGGGAGGAGUGCAGGAUUCUCUGUGAGAUAGAGGAUGAGGGGGAGUGGAAGUCCGACUUGGCGGUCUUCGACAAUGCUGAAGAACUGGAAGCAUUCUCCAUCACCUGGCUGGAGAUCUCCAAUACGCUGCCCGAGCAUCCCUACAUGUGGAUGGGUGUGCACAAGAAGGACGAGCAUUGGUUCACCCUGGACGGCACUCACAUCACCCACCAGAAUCUAAUGUGGCGCGUGGGUUAUCCUCACGAGACAGGCACCCACGCCUUCCUGGAGGAUAUCACCAAGACCACCGGCGAGAACUCGUAUGGACGUCUGUACAUGAGGACAACCAUACUCGGCGAGCACGAGCACAACAGCCGCUGUCUCUGUGAGGCCAACGUACGAAAGUGACGGAAACAAGAGAGACUAAGCUCCUCCUCCUUAAUUUCUUUCUCUUCCUUCUUUUCAUACUCUUUUGUCUUCUUCAUAACUUCUCUACCUUAUCCUCUUCCUUUUCUUUGUUACUUACUGUUCCGCACGCACAUGCAUAAUGUUGAGAGUUCAAAGGUAUUUGACAGGUAUAGUGAAGAUCGUUGUUGAAGAAUCUCGUCCACAUGGCAUGGAAGAGAAAUUUUGCUAAAAAGAAAAGAAAUAACUUUCAAGUUUCUUUUGGUUUUUGAUGAUCCAAGUCUGAACUCUUCAGUCAUCCUUUUUAAGUUGCAGAAGCGCUGUUCACAGAAAACUGCUUCAACGUUACUAACAUGUGUGAUUUAGCUAUCUAUAAACAGACCUUCAUUUCAAACACUGUAUCCAGUGUAUGGAGUUUCUUAUAAGAAACAAUAAAGAAUUUUCAUUUCAA